GCCCAGUUGUCCUUGUCAAAGUUGGCGGAGUUCCUCUGUCGACGUACUCAUCAAUCUCGGCUCUUUCUAUUGGCUUCCCUUUCUACCCACAUCAGAUCGGAUUUCAGAUAGAUAAGCCCCUUUCUCUCUCACUUGACCACGGCUUCUCUCCAAUCCUAGACAAUUUUUGGGAUUAUAGUUAUGGCUUCGACAAAAACCUUCAGUGCUUCCUCUACUGUCCCUGCCAUAAACGGUUUAGAUUGCAAUAACUACGUCGGUUUAAAGCCAGCAGUUAACAAUUUGAGGUUUAAUGGUUUUAAGAGCUCAGUCAAGGUGUUUCCUAAGCGUGCUUUGAUCGUGAGGGCUAGUGAAUCGCAGAGUGGGCCAAUGAAGAAGUUGGGGCUCAGUGAUGCAGAAUGUGAAGCGGCCGUGGCGGCCGGAAAUGUGCCUGAGGCGCCUUCUGUGCCUCCUAAGCCCGCUGCACCAGCUGGAACUCCUGUGGUUCCUUUGCUUCCACUCAGCAGGCGUCCUCGUCGUAAUCGCAGUUCACCUGUGCUCAGAGCAGCAUUCCAGGAAACUAAUUUAUCACCUUCAAAUUUUGUCUACCCACUUUUUAUUCAUGAAGGUGAGCAGGACACACCUAUUGGAGCAAUGCCUGGAUGUUACAGGCUUGGAUGGAGACAUGGACUAGUGGAAGAGGUAGCAAAGGCUAGGGAGGUUGGUGUUAAUAGCAUUGUGCUCUUCCCAAAAGUUCCAGAUGCUCUGAAGUCACCAACAGGAGAUGAAGCAUACAAUGAUAAUGGUCUAGUCCCUCGAGCGAUACGAUUGUUGAAGGAUAAAUAUCCCGAUCUUGUUAUCUACACUGAUGUUGCUCUAGAUCCAUAUUCCUCUGAUGGACAUGAUGGUAUUGUCAGAGAAGAUGGAGUUAUAAUGAAUGAUGAGACAGUGCAUCAACUGUGUAAACAAGCUGUUUCUCAGGCUCGAGCUGGGGCAGAUGUUGUUAGUCCUAGUGACAUGAUGGAUGGUCGCGUUGGAGCAAUUCGGACAGCUCUUGAUGCAGAAGGCUUUCAUCAUGUUUCAAUCAUGUCCUACACAGCAAAGUAUGCUAGCUCAUUUUACGGUCCAUUCCGAGAAGCAUUAGAUUCAAAUCCACGAUUUGGAGACAAAAAGACCUACCAGAUGAAUCCAGCAAAUUUUAGAGAGGCUCUGAUUGAGGCCCAUGAAGAUGAGUCUGAAGGAGCUGAUAUCCUUCUGGUGAAACCAGGUCUUCCCUAUUUGGAUAUCAUAAGGCUUCUCAGAGAGAAGUCUCCUUUGCCAAUUGCUGCAUAUCAGGUGUCAGGUGAAUACUCGAUGAUUAAGGCUGGGGGAGUUCUCAAAAUGAUUGACGAAGAAAGGGUGAUGAUGGAGUCCCUGAUGUGUCUGCGACGGGCUGGUGCUGACAUCAUCCUAACGUAUUUUGCUCUACAAGCUGCUAGAUGUUUAUGUGGUGAGAAGAGGUGAGUUGUGUAUGCUAAAUUAAGGGUUUGGUAGUUGUGGAGAACCCAUAUAGAAUAUCUUUUUUGUUACCCCAUAUUACGUUAGUAUAAGGUUGGAAUCUGAACUGACGUGCUUAGGAGGUCAUUUUUUUCCCCUGCCCGUUGUUAGAAAGGACAAGGUGUAUUCUUGAAUAAAGUAUGUACUUUUGUUUCUUAAAUAUAUGCGGCAACAGUUUUGUACAAAAA